AUGGACCUGGAUGAUGCAUCGGCUGCAUUGGCAAUGCAAUAUCAGAAUGGAGGUUUUACUGACAAAGCCGUGAUAGUUGUGGAGGAGCAGCCGUCAGGCAAGAUCACCUUCAAGAUAAUAGAGAAUUCGAGCACUCACUCGAUGGCUCGACGGAUCCAAUACACUAUCGAUCAUGGUGCUUUCACUCUGCGGCAGUACAAUCGCUCCACCCCAAAACCCCAGACCCUACAUUUCGUGCCAGCGAGACAGCUUAUAGAGGCCCAGCCACAGCAACCCGAAUGA